AUGUACAAUAGUGUCCGUCUGCCGGCCUCAUUGAACUACUGGCACCAGGAGGGCCAUGGUGCGGUGCGGGCGGCGGGGCGCGGCGGCCCGUCCGGAGGCAGCAUGGCGGUGAGCUGCUCCGAGGUGAUGUACGGCGCCUACUACCCCUACCUGUACGGCCGCGGCGCCGCGCGCUCCUUCCACCACGCGCCGCACUUCCAGUACGACCGGUCCCCCUCGUUCUUAUCAGUCAGUGAUCGUGUCUGUGUGUCGUCUCACAUGUUCGUCGGUCGUCGUGUCUCUCCAGCAGGUAUCGUUUCCUCAGUGUCUCCUCGUGUAGACGUCUCCAGGCUCUUGAACGUGCAGAGUGCCGGCAAUGCGGGAGAGUACGGCGGUAGCGGGUCGGGCUCCGCCCCCGGCGCGGCCGCCCUCAGCUCGGGCUCCGCGUCGUCGGGGGCGCAGUCCCCGGGCUCGCCCCUGCCGCAGCACGCGCACGGCCACGUGCCGAGCCACGCGCACCUCGCGCACGCUCACUCCCUGCCGCCGCAGCACCACUCGCCUCGCCUGCGGACCAAGGAGGAGGACCUGUCCGCUCACGGCCGGGCCAGCGCCGACGGCGGCGGUUCCUCCGAGUCGGAGGGCGACAGCGGGGGCGGCGGGGUGCGGGGCCGCGCGCAGUACGUCAGCGCCAACUGCGUGGUGUUCACUCACUACUCGGGGGACGUGGCGGCCGUGGUGGACGACCACUUCACACGGGCGCUGUCCCUCGACAAACAGAAAGGUACCACCACCGCCACCUACAUAGAGAACAUGUUACAACACUCUAAAACGAUAUAUACGACUUCGCGAGUAUCAUAG